UGAUGUCACUGCGCGGUUUAUCACAUGACAGCUUUGGAACACAUGAUUUCCAGACGUCAAUAUUUGGAUGUUACAUAGUUAAUUGCUUUAUUUAUGUUUAUAAGUGUGAUCUGAUAGAAUGACGGAUCUCUGGGAUCAGAGAGUAUCUGCCUUUCUACUGAGUCCAUCUCAGUUUUUGGCCACCACCACCACUGAGAGUUUCCUGCAUGAACUCCUGCACGAACUGCGGAAUGAUAAGACCAAUGAUCAAUUUAAGAUACUCCUUGUGUCUGUACUACUGGAGCAUCCAACCAUUCUCUGCCCUUCUGCCUCUGUGGGAGAGGAAACAGCCCUUGAACUCCUGUCAGUCUUCUCUCACACACCACAGAAAUCCAUCGUGCUCAAGUGCAAUGUCAUGCUGGCCAUCACCAGUGUGAUAAUAUGCACAUCCUGCCUGGCUACCCACACAAAGACGGCUGAAGACUGGCUUGACCUGCUAUUUCAGACGAUCCAGGACACCAAUGACUACAGAUGUGGUCUAUCCCAGCAGCCAAUAAGGGCCACCGCUUGUGAUUGUCUACGAGAAAUGGAAACCUGUAGCCCUGGCCUUAUUUCUCAAAAGUUAGAGCCCCUGUAUCUUCUAAAACAGCAAGAAACCACAGUUCUGCAUCAGUCCUACUGUUUGCUUUAUACACUCGGGCUGAAGAAUGCCAUAAGGAUCUUGACGAACCAAAAAGAUGUUACUGACCUAGAGUUUAAGAGUAUCUUAGGAGGAAAUGAAGGGUUUGCAUGGAAAAGCAAUCCGUUAGAAUUGACCUUGUUGCCAAUAAACAUGCUGGUGCAAGUCCCACGUUUGACACAAGGACUGGAAUGUAAAGAACUCAAAUCUAUAAUGUCUUCGCUCUUGGAGGAGUCUUACCUACUAACGCCUAUUUCCCAGUCUGCCCUACUUCGGGAGCUUGUAGAAGUUGUCGCCAUGGUCCCGGGACUCUCUCCGACACUAUUCAAAUCGCAGCUUCUGCGACUUUUUGGAACGGCAGAUGUUUCGCUCAUGCAUGCCACACUCUUUAUGAAGGAAAUGUUCACAGAUAGCCUUUUCACCACAGAGGACGAGAACUUCCUACUCAAGCGUCUCGUGGGCACGGCCCAGCAUCCGCUCCUAAGAAUUCCAGAAAAGCUCUUCUACAUGGAAUGCAUCCUGCACUUCCCUGAGAACCGGCCCAUAUCCAGCAGUGGAGAAGAGAGUUUACCCGUUCUGGUUACACCACGUCUGGCAGCGUCUCUUCAUCCAACCAUUUUCAAUGAUAGUGCAACUAUGCUCUGCAGGCUUAACCUUCUUUGUUUGGUGCACCUUGAAGCCAAUGAGGGGGAAGCGGACAAAGGAAUUGGCUUCCUGAUUGAUCACAUAAUGGCCCUUUUGAAAAUCGUUGACAAUGAUGGUAGCAGAGAAGUAGUAGUGACCUCUUUCAGAGCGCUGUUUAUUUUUCUCAUUUACUUCAGUGGCAUGGAAGAACUCUCUAAGAAGAUGAUUGACAAAUUAUGCAACAUGUAUUCCAGACAUUCGCGACUCGCACCGAAUUUGAUUGGCCUUGCAGAUCGCAUCCAGGAGCAUCUGGAUGACCCAGUCUGGUCGGUCAAGUUGCUAAGAGGGCUUCAGAAAUGCAUUAUAGAAAUGCCUCCAUUGCAGUUGACGAUUCAUAAUUUGAGUUGGCACUUGAAAGUCUUGAAAAGAGUGGCUAAAGAGGGUCAGAUUACCCAGAGAAACACCAUUUACCUUCUUCUUAAUGUCCUCAUCAACUCCAACUUGUGUGAAAGAGGCAACUGGCGACUUGGAAACGCAGUUCUCAAUGUUUGUCGCAAUCUUUUGGAGCACCCCUCCAUUGAUCAAGUGUUUAUCGAGUUGGCUGAUCUUUUGCAAUACAUAUCAAUACAAUAUGACGAUACAGACAUUAAGGAUCACGCUCGCUUCUACUACACACUGCUAACCAACCUUUCGUGGGAAAAGCUUAUGGGGGUUCUUGCCAAAAGUCUUGAGGGAGGACGUGCCAAAGAGCGGUCGCAUUCUGCAAUUAUGGCCGAGAGCGAGGGGAUCGCCAGUAACCUGACAGUGCACAAAACUAACCGGCAUGUUUUACAACUCAUCAAGGUUCAAGAAAAAGCCACACAAAGCUCUUCUGAAAGCUCUUCAGAGUCAGUGGAGGCAACGAGCGAGGUUAGGGAUUGGUUUGAGGUUUAUCAAGGACAGUUUCAGACCCCUGGAUUCGGCUCUGAGGUCACCUUGAGGUACAAUUUGACUCAUGUGAAAGAAACCGAUCCUUUAUUUGAUAAAGUCUUUACAAUCUGUCUGCAUUUCGAACUGAAAGACUCAAACUAUGCAAAGGUAAGUGACAUACACGUACCAUGUGUGUUCAGAGAUAGAAAGUCACCUGAGGUCAAAGUAAAGCUCAAGCCCUCUCAACCAUACCCUACUAGUUUAUGCGUCAGUGCCAUGUUUACAACGCAAGACGGACGCUCUUGGCACAGCCGACUGCCUGAUGUGAGCGUCUCAUUCCCUGAGAUAUUCCUUCCUCUGCCUUUACCACCAAACGCAUCCUGUGAAUGUAGAGAACAAGUGUUCGAGCGCAUCUGGGAGGCCACGGCCUCUGGGGAACCUGACAGAUCUGCCAUUAGUCUGUUCUGUUUUAAACUUGAAGAUGAAAGGCUUGCUGAUCUGAUCAGGACACAUUUUCAAGGUUUCCUUAUUACAGAUCAGCAAAGUGAAGGAUCAUGGAAAGUCUUGUUCUUUCUUCCACCCAAGUGCCAUAUGCUUUUGAAAAUUACACAGGCUGAGGACGCCGCUCGGGUCAGCAUUGCAACGGACAACUGGGAGCUGUUACCUUUUGUGAACUCUUACCUCCAAAACAUUACUGAUAAUUGUAGCUCAACAGUAACAGAUGGCUAAAUGGGUGCUUUGCAGUUGUUCAUUUAUAUAGGUAAUUUUAACCAAAUACUUUUUAAAAUAAAUUCAUUUUUUGAUAUAA